AUGUGCUGUAUGCAGAUGGAAGACUUGGCAUUUGCUUCCGACUCUGGUGUCGAUGUUGACAUUGAUGAUAACGGUGGUGGUGUCAUGAUAUAUGUGGCCUGUUUGGCCCGUAGUGCAAGCUGUGCUCAUCUUUCAUCACGCAAGGCCCUGUUCGAUGCGACAAAGGAGGCAAAAGUGCAACUGUCACUAAAAGCAGAGGAAGAAAAAGUUUCCCUGCGUCAGCCAAUGGACUGGUGA